AUGGAGGCCCACGACUACAAUGAAGAUGAACGCCGGCAACUCGAAGCCGAGCUACACAUGGAGAUUCUUCCUGGCACGGAAGUCAUGGCAGAUGUAGGCUCACACCACUUCGUCAAAGGUACACAUCGCCAAGUCCUCGUUCCACAACCUAGCGACGAUCCCAAUGACCCUCUGAAUUGGAGUACUGGUUGGAAGCUGGCAUGUAUCAUCUCGGCAUCCAUGGUCACAUUUACACAAGGAUUUGGACCGCUAGCUCUCGCGCCUAUGUUUCCAGCACUCAUAACAGCUUUCGACACCGAUCUGGCAGGAGCAGUCCAGUUCACUGGCGUGUGUAUCUUAGUACUCGGAUUCAGCAAUUUCAUCUGGGUUCCAAUCAGCACGUCUUUCGGUCGCCGUCCGGUUUAUCUCGCAUCCCAGAUGAUCAAUUUCGGUACAUCGAUAUGGCGCGCCAAGGCCAACUCCUACAACUCCUUCAUGGGCGCAUGCAUCGUCAAUGGCAUCGGCGCUGGACCGGCUGAGACCAUCAUGCCCGAAAUCAUCGCCGAUAUCUUCUUCUUGCACGACCGUGGAAAGUGGAACACUCUGUACUGGGUGGUAUACAUGGGCUCGCUUAUGGUCGGUCCUAUCGUUUCCGGCUCGAUGACUGAGACGGUCGGCUGGCGCAGCUUCUGGUGGCUCAACACUGGCAUCUUAGGCUUUUCGUUCUUGAUGGUCGUUUUCAUGUUUCCUGAAACAAGGUUCAAGCGCGUGUUACCCGAGCACUUAGGACGGGAGAAGGCCGCCUCUAGCUCACUAGAGGAGAAGACGCGGGCGACGACCCAAGAAGAGGUCAACAACUCCGAUGCCGAGAAAGAGACGAACCGCAUCCAACACGUCAACACAGCUAAUUCCAUCUUACCGAAUACCACUGGCCUUGAGAUGUCUGAGACCGCUCAACGCGAUCCAUUCCUUGGACGCGGAAAACCUGGCAAAUGGCAAUGGAAAGUCUUCCAACCAAAUGCCCACCCCUUCCGUUCUAUCUUGCUCGACCUUUGGAUUCCUUGGAAGUUAUUUGCAUUCCCCAUUGUCGAAUUCGCCGCUUUCGUCGUCAGUUGGUCAUGCUCCAGCUUUCUUACCAUCAACCUUACACAAAGUCAAGUCCUCUCCUUACCACCAUACAACAUGAAGCCCAUGACCGUCGGCUUUACCAACUUCGCCGUCAUGGUCGGUGCGUUCAUCGGACUCUUCACUGCUGGCCCGCUCAGCGAUUGGGUUUCUGCAAGGAGCACGAAGAAGAACAACGGCAUUCGCGAGCCUGAGAUGCGCUUGCCCGCUAUGAUACCAUAUGUCAUCAUCAUGCUCAUUGGUAAUAUUGUCGUCGCAAUAGGUUACGAGCGCAAGUGGCCCUGGGAGGCUAUCAUCAUCAUCGGCUACACAUGCGCUGGAAUCCAAGUUGCAGCGCUACCGGGUAUUGUCAGUACAUAUGCCGUUGACUCUUAUAAGCCGGUCGCUGGGUCUUUGUUUGUCGCCAUCACCGUCAACAAAAAUGUUUGGGGCUAUGGGUUUGGCAAGUUCAUCACGCCCUGGAGUGAGGAGGCUGGUUUCAUCUCGCCUAUCAUGACCAACGCAGCUCUGAUUACACUAUGGUGCUUGUUCGGUAUACUCUUUUGGUGGAAAGGCAAGACGUUCCGUCGCUGGAGCAGAAACAGCAGCGUCCACCGACAGGGCGCUUUGUAA